CGGACGGAAACGCCGGAAGAACAGACUCCGCUCUCGACCUCCAUCGAGGUACGAUCUAAGAGAUCACCAGAGCAGAAAAGGCAAACCAGAGCCAACUCUCCUCUAAGGAGAAAACUCGCAAGCCACACGAGUCCUAGAGGCAGCAUCCUGAAGCCCACCAAGAGACAGCCUCAGGGCGAGGCUGGAAACAGCGCCCGAUUACAGCUCCGCAAACAAUACUACGAAUUGUUCGGGAGCGACAGCGAAGACGAGGAUGAUCGGGAACCCGUAGGACUCCAGCUCGGCUCUCCGGUUUCUUCCUGGUCCUCUCUACCAACGACGCCGUCUCCAACGCGGAUACCCAGCACACCGUCUCCGCGGAAGCGACCGCGUACCAGGGUAUCACCCAGGCGACUCGCGCCAAUACGGAACGAGGGCCCAGGAGGAGCACUAGCGGAAACAAUCCGUCCAUGGAGGCUUCUACCCGUGUGCCUCCCGCCAGUUAGGUGCACCCGACCACCACUGGAGAAGCUCACGACGUGGGACGUGAGAGCCCGACGUCCGCUCUCACCCCGGUACGCGUCUCCACCAAAGAAGGUGUCGUCCACGGCCCAGGUUCACCGGGCCACGCAGACGUCACCACGGAAGCCGAAUCUCGCACCAGGCGUCAUCAGGAUCCCGACAGCGCCGAAGAAUCCUGAUCCACGAGUCAGCGGCGUCAGACAACCAGCGUCUCCACGCAAACACGCACGGCCGGGGAAUUUUCGAGCCCACGCCGGCUCGCCGAAGAAGCCAGCAUUACGCGGGACCUUUC